CUGCUCCAGACAGACGCUUGCAGGAGGAUUGUGCGGAGGUAAUAAUCAUCACUGGAAGCAGAUAUUGUUCCUUUAGGUUCGACAUGGCAGAGGCAUGUGAUGGGUCUCCUACUGCUGUUCCCCAGAAUCUUGGUUAUGGGUCUCCCACUGGAUUUCUACGUGACCGGGAGGCAAGUAAAACCGAAGACCAGCCAACAGCGAGCAAAACCAGUUUGGUCAGUCAACCGGAAGCAAACACAGGUGAUAAGCCCUACAUGUGUGGGGAGUGUGGAUACAGGACAACUUAGAAGUCUUACCUAUCCCGACAUAUGAGAACUCAUACCGGUGAAAAACCCUACAAGUGUGACCAGUGUGACUAUUCUGCUGCACGAAAAGACAGUUUGGACCAUCAUGUAGCCAAACACACUGGUGAUAAACCCUACAUGUGUGGGGAGUGUGGGUACAGGGCAGUUCUGAAGUCUGACUUAGUGAAACAUAUGAGAACUCAUACCAGUGACAAACCCUUCAAGUGUGACCAGUGUGACUUUUCUGCAGCACAGAAGUCCAACUUGAAACAACAUCUAUCCAAGCACACCGGUGAUAAGCCCUACAUGUGUGAUGAGUGUGGGUACAUGGCAGAUCGGAAGUCUACCAUAUCCCGACAUAUGAGAACUCAUACCGGUGAAAAGCCCUACAAGUGUGACCAGUGUGACUAUUCUGCUGCACAAAAAUGCAGUUUGAACCAACAUCUAGCCCAACACACUGGCGAUAAGCCCUUCAUGUGUGGGGAGUGUGGAUACAGGACGGCUUGGAAGACUCAUUUAUCCACACAUAUGAGAACUCAUACUGGUGACAAACCCUACAAAUGUGACCAGUGUGACUAUUCUGCAGCUGAAAAGACUAACCUAUCCAAUCAUAUGAGAACCCAUACAGGAGAGAAACCCUAUAAGUGUGUCCAGUGUGGCUAUUCCGCUUCACGAAAAUAUAGUUUGGUCCUACAUCUAGCCAAACAUACUGGUGAUAAGCCCUACAUGUGUGGGGAGUGUGGGUACAGAACAACUCGGAAGUCUGAUUUAUCCAAACAUAUGAGAACUCAUGCUGGUGACAAACCCUACAAAUGUGACCAGUGUGACUAUUCUGCUGCACACAAAAACAGUUUGAACCAACAUCUAGCCAAACACACUGGCGAGAAACCCUACAUGUGUGGUGAAUGUGGCUACAGGACAGUUCGUAAGUUUGACUUUUCCCAACAUGUGAGAAUUCAUACCGGCGAAAAACCCUACAAGUGUGACCAGUGUGACUAUUCUGCUGCACAUAAGUCCACCUUGAACCGACAUCUAGCCAUGCACACGGGUGAUAAGCCCUACAUGUGUGGGGAGUGUGGGUACCGGACAACUAAAAAGUGCAACUUAUCCCAGCAUAUGAGAACGCACACGGGUGAAAAACCCUACAAAUGUGACCAAUGUGACUAUUCUGCAGCAGUGAAAUUUGCAUUGAACAACCAUUUUAAAACACACCGGUAAACAACACUACAUGUUUGAGGGAUGUGAUUUCGGGACAUUUUUUUAAAGAUUCUGUAACUUUUAGUUGACUGUGCGGAGUUUGCUGAGAAGGGCAGUUAUGUCGACAGAUACUUGAGUCAGAUUUGAGUCUUGAAGAUGUCCAGGUGGAAGAUAAGGCGCCCUCCGCGGGAAAGUCGUCCCAGUCUUUGAUAGUACGCGGGGAAAAUGAUCUCUGCAGACACAGUGUACUUAUUUGAGUGGCUUGGUAUGCGGCCAGGUGCAUAUUGCGGGAGUACAUAUGUUAAGUGAACUUUUGUGACAUAAAAUGUAUUUUCAGUGACUCAUGGCUACUAUGUAAGAAUAUAACUGAUUAAUGAACAUAAGGAACUUUAAUAAAAAGUACACAUUCUUGCGAA